UUUAUCGGUGUUCUCGCACGAAAGCUAGCCCAUUUCAACGAAUUUAUACUUAAAACUGUAGAUUAUAAAAUGAUUUUACGCUUGUAUUGCAUGAAUGGUGGGUAUCACCUUCGGAUUCUGGAAGAUGGAACUGUUGAAGGCAGCAGAGAUGAAAAUGAUAUCUACAGUGUGCUGGACGUGAAGGCAGUUAGUCCUGGUGUUGUGGUCAUUCAAGGCAUUGAGGCUGGGCAGUACCUUUCCAUGGGUAGAGAUGGAAGGCUGGUAGGAUCAGCCUCUGCUACAGAUGAAUGCUAUUGGUUGGACAACUUGGAGGAGAACCAUUACAAUACCUACCAGUCACAGAAGUAUCCCAGCUGGUACACCGGGAUUAAGAAGAAUGGCAAGACCAAAAAUGGCUCUCGAACACACAUUGGUCAGAAAGCCAUAUUCUUCCUCCCUCGGAAGGUGGAUCCGUGAGUGAAGAACAAAAGUAGCUUGGCAAUGAAGUGAGAAAAAAAAUGUGUGAAUGUUGUAAACCAUGCUGCUAAUACCUUGAAUCCUCUCCAUACAUUAACUUGAUACCCUACCCCACUAACUUGAACCACCUGCAGAUUUCUAACACAACCCUGCCUCUGUGUACUCACUCACUAUGCAUAGAUCAGAAAUGUCUAUAGCUCUUAAGUUAAGUUAAGUCCUGCUGUCCUUACUAAUCUGAACUGAAGUGAGAUGCCACCUCACUGGAAUUAUAGCUUUAUUUAUAUUUAUUUAUAUAAUAGACUUGGUGUUUGUGAAUGAGCUCUUUUAAAUGCUAAAUAUUUUGUUAUGACUUCUUUUGUAUAUUUGCACAGUGAAAAUAUAGUUAUAUUUAGUUUUUGUAAUCAAUAAGAAUAGCUUUAGUCUCCACAGUUGAGAGUGCUACCUAUCGAGUCGUUUGCCUCGAUUUGCCUCGGCUGCUACAGGUGUGGAAGAUGUUUUCAGCUGUAACCACCACACUCACACAAACAUAAAUAUGAAUGUACCCUGAAUGUUUUGCUUCACAUGCUGUAUAUACAAAAGAGUAACUAUCUACUCGCACAGGAUCAUUUGAUUCUUCUGCUCUGCUAUGUAGACCUCCAAAAAUGUACCAACACAUGCACUACAACAGCUACACACUCCCCAUUAACACUGCAAGAUGUAUGAAAGGACAACACUUUUUUUCAUGAAAUGUACCACUUGCCUACUAUUUGGGCCAUUCAGGUUAACAUUUCAACCAGUCUUAGUUACAGGACAUUGGGCUGGUUUCCCAUAUCCUGGUGAUACCAGCCUGCCUGCUUUGUUUCAUUUUGUGAAUAGUCUGGCCCCUAAUGAUCGGGACAUGUUUCCAACUCUAGUAUCACAAAAAUGCGUAGACUCUGGUUUAACUUGGAAAUCAUUGGUCCAGCCAAACCAAUCACAUUGGUUAGGGAUUCCUCCAGUUCCUUCCUACUUCACCUAUUGCCAGUCAGGAAACGAUGUAUUUAGGCGACUUUUGCUGUGUAUUUUUACACAUUCCUCUGACUGCAGGUUGCAAGCGUUGCUAAUGACGUUUACCACAACCACUCAAUUUUGAAACUAUAGUAUAAUUCCCGCUUGUCGCUGAUUGGCCCCACACUCUUUGUGUCAGAAGGAAAUGUUAGUGCACUGUUGAGUAUGCAGGGGUGUGUUUCCCAAACCAUAGUUGCUAACCUGUAAGUUGUAACCUGUAAGUGUUGGUUAGCAAUGGGAAACUGCAUUGCAAUCAACAAAGUUGCUGCUAACUUAGUUAGCAACUAUGAUUUUGGGAAACACGCCCCAAACUAGUAUCUCACUGAAAGGAGGUCUAGAUUACCCAUACAUAAAUUAACCAUGGACCUACACUAAAACCUCAAUCAAAAUCUUGUGGUUAAACGAUUAGGCGUCAUUCAUGUAUGGGAAACAGGCAGUUAAAAUUACCCCACUAAGAAAUAACAUUUUAUAACCAUAUAUUGAAAAUGGUUUCGAUAACAAACUCCAACCAAGUCAGUGUGUUUGC